AUAUGUUGUCCUCUCCUCUAUCCCCAAAUCCCGAAUGGCCUCCUUCUCUCCUUCACCCAACCCUUUCCCUCUCUUCUUCUCCUCCUCCUCUCCCUUCCAUUCCUCCAUUCCCCCUCCUUCCCUCCUCCCCAAGCCCCUCGGAACCCCAGAAUCCUUCAGGUCUGCUUCCCUUCCCAAGCGGAGGCCGUUCUCCCGCCCUGCCGCCUCGUUCUAUGCCGUUGGGAGGCCUAUCGACACUCAGACCCUCAUUGUCACCGCCACUGUCCUCGCCGCCGUCGCCUUCUCCCUAUUCCUUGGCCUCAAGGGAGACCCCGUGCCUUGCGAGAGGUGCGCUGGGAAUGGUGGUACCAAGUGUGUUUUCUGUAAUGAUGGUAAGAUGAAGCAAGAGACGGGCCUAGUUGAUUGCCGGGUAUGCAAGGGUGCAGGGUUAAUACUCUGUAGAAAGUGUGGGGGCUCCGGAUAUUCAAGACGGUUGUGAAUUGCAAAUGAAAUUCAGUUUCUUGCUUCUUGCUUUGUUUUAGUGAAGGUGCUUUGUUCAGUGAAAUAUUUUUUUACUUUUUUUCCAACAUUGGCAAAUGUGUGGUGUACAAUUUCACUAGUCUCCCAUCUCGAUUUACUUACUAUUUGAACAUGGAGGAAAAAAAAAAUGUUUCGAUAUUAUGUUUUGGUAUGAAGAAAAUAAGACUUUUUAAGCAGAUGAGGUAAAAUGCAUCUAUUUUCAGUUCUGAUGUAUUCCAAUGAACAUGUCUCAAUCAGAAAUUUGAUUGUUU